CGAGAAAUAGGUCAAUAUUCAUAAGCUUGGUAUAAAAAUGCUCUCGUUGAGCCCGAGUGUCACAAGUUGAGUCGAGCAAAUCUAAACAAUGCGUGCGAUAUUGGUGUAUCUACUCGUCGCUGUGGCUUGCGCCACGAUUAAAGAGGCCAAUUCUUCGCCAGGAUUUUUCUCGGAUCUUUUUGAACAUUGUCCAUUACUAAGCUUCCUUUUCCCAAAAGACGAUUGCUGCUGCGAGACUGAUACAAGCUGCUGUUCGACAACUACAACUACAACUACUACUACGACUACUACCACUGCUGCUACCACUAGCAGCAAUGCUAGUGCACCUACUCGGUCCAUGGGGGGGGGAGAAGAAAGCGCUGGGUUACUCUAAAUUCUAACAAUUUGUCAUCAGAUGUAAAGUACAAUGCGACGCGAGAGAACAAACAUAUAUGAGCUUGAAUCUGAAUUUGUAAUAUACAUAGCAAAAUGAGUAAUA